AAAUAAGCGGCCGUUGGACAGUAUUGAACGGAACAGAGCAAAAUUAACUUUGUGGGAUUCAAAUUGUAAUCCUGACUCACUUUCUCACAGAUUCCUUCACUUUCUCUCUCAAUUUUCCGGGAAAAUAUUCCAUCAGAAAGCUCCAAGAAAAUCCACUUCAGCUCUUCAAAAGAGUUCGUCAACUGGUAAAUCCUAUUCGUUUCUACUGUAGCUAAUAUUAGUUCUUCAUCUGGGUAAAUCUGAAUCAGGUUAUUACUUUUAUUAACUGUCAACAUGUGAAAUAAUUUUGGAAAAUCUUACUUUGAAAUUACUGAGCUCAGUGUUAGGUUUAGUGUUGGUUUUGUUGUAAAUACUGUUUGUUUCUGUUAUUAAUUGAUUGGUGUCUGAUGAUGCCACCGAGAAGAAAGAAAUGGACAGAAGCCGAAGAGAAAACCCUAAUUGAAAAAUACGGACAGAUGGUGUCGGAUGGGACACUUGCCAAAAUGAAAACUAGAGAGAAGAAAUAUAAACCCAUUGCUUUGUAUGUGAAUUAUAUGCAUCAUGUUCGCGAUCCUAAUACCUACCCUUGGCAAUGGACAUGGAAAGAUGUCUCCACUAAGGUUCAAAACAUGAGGCAUCAGUACUUGCUCGUUAAGCAAAAGGUUAAGAAGCCGGAUGUCGCUGUAGUGGUGGAGAAUUCAGCAGGGGGAGAGGGGAGUAAUAAUGUGGAAGAGUUUGAUUGGGUGGAAGGGCUUACACAUUGGUCAAAUUUUUUGUUGUAUAAGGAGGUUUUUGGGGAUGUACCGAUGGCUUAUAGCUCUAAUGGUAGUGAUGGGAAUGAUUUAAUUUGCGCAAUGGCUGAAGAUAGGGAAAAUGGCGGGUUGUUAGGGGUUGGUGGAGGGAUAGAGAUUGGUGAGUUUGGACCAUUGGGUAAUUCGGUUGAUGGGGAUUUUACGGGGAUUGAUGGUGGAGAGAAUGGGAUUAUGGGUUUGGGUUUUGAUUAUGAGGGAGAGGAGGCGGAGGAGAAUUGUAACAGUAAUGAUCGUGCAAAAGAGGAAGGAGAUGAUGGUUUUAUGUACGAAGAAGUAGAUGUAAAUGCGUCUAAUUUGAAGAAGAGGAAGGUGUUGAAGGGAUUAGAGAAGAGGGUGCUCGGGUUCCUUUCCAAUCAGAUGGGGCAGUUGCGGGAAAUGGAGUCCCGAUUUGAGCAACAAGAAGUAGAGAGAGAGCGAGAGAGGCAGAGGAGGGAGAUUAUUCGAAUUGAGAAGGAGCAGGAAUGGGAGCAGAAGUUGGAAGAGAGGGAGAGAGAAAGGGAAGAACGGGAAAAAGCAAGGGAAGAGCUGAGGUGGCAAAGGUACCGAGAAUGGGAAGCCAUGGAAAAGGAGAGUGACGAGAGACAAAGAAGAAGAAGAGACGAGGAAUUGAUUCAAGAGAAAGAAUGGGAGGACCGAAUGAAGAGGAGAAGGUUAGAAUGGAAGAAAAGGAUUGACGGGAUGUUAAAUCAACACCGAGAUGAAAUGGGGCAGAUGCAUUCACGUAUUCUUCACGAGCAACAGAAUCUUACUAGCCAAUUUCUUGGGAUUGUUUCGCAGUGGACUGGUCAUCCAUCUGGGCUGUCUGAUCAUACAAGUGCUAGCAACCAUUAUCUUUCACAAAUGAUGCAGAAUUUGCAUCAUGUGAAUGGUAUGGUACAUGAAGACGCCAGAGUUGAUGGAGAUAAUCAAGAUGAUCAAUUUAUAGUUGACGGAUAGUUCCUUUACUCAGCACCAUCAUCUUCUUUGUAAGCUUAUCAAAUAACAAGAAAAUAUGCAAGCAUGUUUCUGAUGGUGACAAGAUGUAAAGUUUUGACAGAAUACUGCACACC